AUGCAUGGUGUGAAACGCGUACGCUACUCUCAGGAGGCUUUACAGGCCAAAGAACAACGGGAACGAGCGAAGCUCAAAGAGUACCUCGUUCUGACCGACGAAGUACUGACAAAGAAGAAGAACAGCGACUGGAGCAGAAAUGCUUUUGAUUUGACUACGCGUUUGUUACACGUCUGUCCCGAAUUCUACACGGUCUGGAAUUACAGGCGCAAUAUAUUACUUUAUGGCAUCUUCCCCAACAGCUCUCCGACAGACGUUAAUGUGAUCUUGUCUGAUGAUCUAUCCCUCACGACUUCCUUCCUGAAGCAGCACCCCAAGGUUUACUGGAUCUGGAAUCAUCGCCGUUGGUGUCUUGAGAGAGUCCCUGAAUGUCCCUCGGAAGCUGACCCAGAUGGUUGGAGAAAGAGUUAUUGGAGUAAGGAGCUGUUUGUUGUCGAGAAGAUGCUUGACGUUGAUGCCCGUAACUUUCACGCAUGGAACUACCGUCGUUACGUGCUAAGCAGCAUGCCGGUUAAGCGACCGGAGCAGACCGAGUUGGCGUAUACAACUCGCAAGAUCGAAUCAAACUUCUCCAAUUUCAGUGCUUGGCACCAGCGUUCCAAAGUGCUCUCUCUGCUCUGGGACGCUGGUAAACUAGACCCCAAGAAGUCGAGAGAAUAUGAAUUUGACCUCGUCAAGAAUGCGAUGUAUACCGACCCAGAAGAUCAAAGCGUGUGGAUAUAUCAUAGAUGGCUGAUCGGUAACGGCGAUGACUAUGAGAUUCUAUGCCGAGAGAUCGCUUCCAUCCAAGAGUUAUUAGACGAACAACCUGACAGUAAAUGGUGCAUGGAGUCUCUGGUUUUUUACAAGUGGCUUGUAUUGCAAAAUCAUAGGCCUCGAUUGAACGAGACGGAGCAAAACACGCUCCUCGCAGAAUGUCUCAGCUAUCUGUCGCAAUUACAAAUUCUUGACACGAAUAGGCGGCAGAGAUAUAUUGAUCUAUCCGCAGAGUUGAGGAACACUUCCGGGGAGUGUCGGGGAAGUUGA